UACCUCUCAACUUCCCCCUCCAUCCUUUCACAACCCACCACCACCACACUGCCUUCCACAUUGUGGCAUCCUUCAAGCUCAUUUUCCAUCUGCGGCGCCCGGCCAGCACCGUUACCCGUUCCCUCUUGGCCUGCUGGUUACCCGGGAUGCCUUGUUCCAGGCCCCUGCGCUAGGCCCCAGCAGCAUGGGCGGAGGCUGGGCGGGAAGCGAGCGAACGGAUCGGAGCCUUCCCCUCAGGACGGGCACGCUGGCGGGUCACCCUCCUUCGGCUUCAGAUGGGCGAGGACGCUGAGAGCCCCAAGAUCAACCACACCUUCCUACGAGACUAUGUCACAGAAGCUGAUGUUAUCUCCACGGUGGAGUUCAACCAGACAGGGGACCUCCUGGCCACGGGGGAUAAAGGCGGUCGAGUGGUCAUCUUCCAGAGAGAAACCGAGUCCAAAGGAGAGUCCGAGGAGGUGUCGGAGCCCGGGGACUCCGGCGAGUACAAUGUCUACAGCACCUUCCAGAGCCACGAGCCAGACUUUGACUACCUAAAGAGUUUGGAGAUUGAGGAAAAAAUCAACAAGAUUAAAUGGCUGACGCAACAGAACGCCGCACAUUUUCUCCUGUCCACCAACGAUAAGACCAUUAAACUGUGGAAGGUGAGCGAAAGAGACAAGAGACCAGAAGGAUACAACCUGAAAGAUGAGGAGGGCCGCAUCAAGGACGUCUCCACCAUCACCUCCCUGCAGGUGCCAGUACUGAGGCCCGCCGACCUGAUGGUGGAGGUCCGCCCCAGACGAGUCUUCUCCAACGGUCACACUUACCACGUCAACUCCAUCUCGGUCAACAGCGACGGGGAGACGUACCUGUCGGCUGACGACCUCCGGAUCAAUAUGUGGCAUCUGGGCAUCACCGAUCGCAGCUUCAACAUCGUGGACAUCAAGCCAGCCAACAUGGAGGAUCUGACGGAGGUGAUCACGGCGGCGGAGUUCCACCCUCAGCACUGCCACCUGUUUGUGUACAGCAGCAGCAAGGGCACCUUGCGCCUGUGCGACAUGAGGUCCUCUGCGCUUUGCGACAAACACACAAAAUUGUUCGAAGAGCCCGAAGAUCCGGGGAGCCGCUCCUUCUUCUCCGAAAUCAUCUCCUCCGUGUCCGACGUCAAGUUCAGCCACAGCGGACGCUACCUGCUGACCCGAGACUACCUGACUGCCAAGGUCUGGGACCUGAACAUGGACAAAGGCCCCGUGGAGACGUACCAGGUCCACGAAUACCUGAGGAGUAAGCUGUGCUCGCUCUACGAGAACGACUGCAUCUUCGACAAGUUUGAGUGCGUCUGGAACAGUUCCGACAGCGUGAUCAUGACCGGGGCGUACAACAGCUUCUUCCAGAUGUUCGACAGGGAGACGGGCCGGGGGGUGACCCUGGAGGCCUGGCGGGAGAGCAGCAAGCCCCGGGCCGUGUUACGUACCCGCCGGGUGUACACCGGCGGAAAGCGUCGGCGCGGAGACGUCGGCGUGGACAGCCUGGACUUCAGCAAGAAGAUCCUGCACAUGGCUUGGCAUCCGUCCGAGAACAUCAUCGCUAUCGCGGCCACGAACAACCUGUACAUUUUCCAGGACCGCGUCAACCCGGAGGCCCAGUGACGGCCACGGCCGCAAAGUCAGCCGGGGGCAAAGUUUUCGCUUUGCAUCGGGUUGCGCCAAAUCCUCAGCGAGAUUUGAGGACCAACUCACCAACUACCAUUUCCAGUCCAGUAUUUGAUCCCCUGUGAAGAGCGCGGACUUUUUCUGACGGGGGUGCAGGGACGCCUCACCAUCUGCAGUCACCGCCCGGCGUCGACUGGAAGCUUUUUGACCGGACCAGGCGAGGUCCGGGCUUGGCGGGCGCCACGGCAAGAUUGUUCUUCGGUGCUUGCAAAAUGACGGCCAAACGGUGGGGUUUCAUUGCCGCAAGUAUGAGUGGGAGUGGUGAUCUUGUACUUUACAUCCUCACCGCAAUAACCUCAAUUGAUUCUUUUUGUGUCUGUGAGACAUUUGCAGCAGAAUCUUUCGCUCUCCCGCCCUCGGAGCAGCGCCCUUGGAGAUCGCGCGCAAAAUGUGAGCCCUUACCUUUGUCCACUUUGCAAUAGUAACGAUCGGAGACACCUUGCGAUAUAUUUCCGCUUUCAAAACACGAGCUCGCCUGCACUACACUCUUUUUACUCUAUGCUGUAAAUAGUCGGUGUUAUUUUUUUUUUUAACGCCACUGCCACUUUUGUUUCGAGAGCGCGACAAAAUAGAUUGUCAAACGAUCACCAAGUUCAUUUAUAGACGCGACUCACUCAUUCAGAAGAAAACGUAAUGCAACAGCUUUGCUAUAUGUUUUGCUGGUUAAACAGAGGAAUUAUGCGCAAAUCGACAUUUACAUUUAUUGUACAGAAUUGUUGUGCUGGGCUUGAACUGAGUUUUAGACGGCUGCUCUUCCAGAGCAUAAAAAAAAAAAAAAAAUUACACAUUAUAUUUAAGAUGAAACACCCACAUUAGGAAAUAAUAAAAAAAUGGGGUAAAGCAGAUUUUUUUCAAUUGUAAUUAGUAACAAUUAAAUCUAAUUUCAAAUGAGAAUGUAAUGUUUACAAUCAUUCAAAUGAAAAAAAAAAAUCUAAGCAUACGUUGCAUAAA